AUGAAAUACAAACCGAACAGUAAUACAAGUGAUGAAGCACAGGAGGCAGGUUCAUCAAAGAAAUUUUGUAUUGAUCCACGUCUUACCACUUAUCAAACAUUACAAUGUCUGAUUGCACAAGCAUUCGAUAUUAAAACAGAUUUUACUAUAAGCGCACUUCAGAGAUGUUUAUCAACUGGACGCGAACAAAUAACAGCUAUUUGGUCUGACUGGGAUCUUGAUGCGUCAAUACAAGCUGUUCAACCAGGUUCCUAUUUGAGAUUACGCUAUGAAAUAACAGCAAGAGAAGAAGGUCUUGAUGAUUGGGAUUUUGUUGGAUUAAAUGAUUUCAAUGCAAAUAUUCGUUGGUUUAAUGUUGACAGUCGAUCUAUUAUUGCAACUGUAAAUCAAACAGCAGGAAAAGCAGCUUCAGCUUUAAAUAAAGCUAUAAAUUGGAUGUAUGGAGGAAAUGAACGACGUGGUUCAAAUGCUCUUGGUGAAGGUGAUAUGAAAAAAUUUCUUGAUUGUGAAGGACGUCUUAUACAUGUUAAUGAAUUACGUCAAGCUAUUUUCGAAGGCGGUAUUGAACCAUCCUAUCGAAAAGUUGUAUGGCGUCAUUUAUUAAAUAUUUUUCCAUUAAAUAUGACCGGUCUUGCACGUAUUGAUUAUCUCAAACGUAUAGAAAUCAAAUAUAAAACAUUGAGAAAACGAUGGAUGGAUGAAGAACAUCAAAAUGAAAAUAUUCGAUUAACUAUGCGUACUAUAGAAAAAGAUGUUUCUCGAACUGAUAGAGCAUUUGGUUUUUAUGCGGAUUCUGGUGAUGGUUAUGAGAAUGUCCAAGCUCUAUUUCAUAUUCUUAUGACAUACUGUGUUAAUCAUCCAAAUACUACAUAUUGUCAAGGUAUGACUGAUUAUGCUUCGAUUAUAUUUUAUAUUAUGCGUGAAGAAGGAUUAGCAUAUAUUUGCUUUUGUUCAAUAAUGAGACGUAUUCGAGCAAAUUUUGCUGCAGAUGGUGUUGCUAUUGCAACUAAAUUUCAUCAUCUUAAAGUACUUUUACAAGCUAUUGAUCCUGUUUAUUGGAGUUUUCUUGAAUCAUGUGAUGCAGUGAAUCUUUAUUUUACAUAUCGUUGGCUCGUGCUCGAAUGUAAACGUGAAUUUCCAUUUAAUGAUGCUCUACGUGUACUUGAAGUCAUGUGGGCAACAUUACCAAUUGAUAGUGAACCCCCACAACUCAGUGAAAUAUCUUUAAUAACUUCACCAUCGGAUACAAUGAUUACUGAUAUAUUAUGUCCAUCACCUCCUCGACUUGUACAACGUCGUACAGUUAGUUGUCCUCAAUUGUUUCAACUCGAUGAAUUUAAUUCUCAAAAAUAUAAACAUCGUUCAUCUUCAUUAGCUUUUCAUAAUAAAGAACAACUAUUAACAGAGAUACAAAGUCGACAACAACAACAACAAUUAGAUUUUAAUUCAGCUUCAGAUAGUGAUGAAUAUCAAUGUUCUUCAUUUAAUAAUAUGAAUAUGAAUACCAAUUCAACAUAUACGAGACCACGAGAAAAAAGUUUAGAAAAUUCAUUUUCACUUAGUGAAAUAUCUGAAUUUGAUUCAGAUAAUAUAUCAACAUCUACUAGUAGUUAUGCUAUGAAUACUCUUACGAAUUCUUCUUCACAAAAUUCCUUAACAAUAAAUUGGUUACAACGUUUACCUUCGGGAGAUACAACAUGGCUAGAAGAAGAUAAUUUAUUUUUAAUUUUUGUUUGUGUAUCAAUAUUCUUAGCACAUCGAACAGUAUUAUUAAAACAGAAUAAUCUUGAUGAACAAGAAAUAUCCAUGCAUUUUGAUCGAUAUCGUCGUCGUCAUUGUGCUGACCGAAUUUUAAUAUGUGCACGAACACUUUAUGCCCAAUAUAUACAAUGGAGUAGAAAAAAACGCAUGCUCGAUGAUCUCAAUCGUUUUUCGGCGAGUUAA